AUGUCACACCGACGAUCGAUCUGGCAAUGUGCCCUGCUCUUCUUCACCUUCCUCUCCAUCGCUCUGGCAGCCUGUAAGCUCCCUAAACCCCCGAGCCUCUCCCAUCUCUAAUUUGAUAUUGCUCACAGCACCCACCUCCUUCUGCAAAUGCACCUGCUUCAGCAACAGCACCAUCAUCCCCCUCAACGAUAAUGCGGCCUCUCUGAAAUCCAACACCUUCUUCACAUCCAACAAGACCGCUUCCCAAACCCCCGACAAGGAAGGCCAGCUCAUUGACCUCGAAUCCGAGACCGCCCGUAUCGUCCUCCGCGACUCAGACCCCGAAUCUCCAAAGAAAGCUCGUACCUGUGCAGAUUGUACCAAGAAAUUCUGCCUGUCGUACAAUCUGCCGAUAUGCCAAGGAGCGGAUGAGGAUGAGCAUGUGUUUACGACUUGCUUCCAGCGGGAUUCAACGAAAGAUCAAGUGAUAAUAUAUCUGUUCAUUGUGGCCACGGUAGGACUAUUGGCUUGGGCUGGAGUGAAGCCAUGGUAUGAGAGAUGGAGAGAGGGGAGGGGGUAUGCACGGGUGGGAGGAUAA